AUAUAAGAUGAAGGUGCUUUCAGUUCUGGCCUUGUCCCUCAUCCUUCUGCAGAUUGUAUCAACCCGUCCAGUUCCGGCAUCAAGGAUUUUCGGCUCCAGUCACACCGAUAAUUUGAUGGGCAAGAGCUUCGAUUUGUACCACCAAACUACUGAAGUGGAUGUUGACUACGUGGAUCCGCAUCCGCAUCCUCCUCGCAGUUCAGAUGAUCCUCCUCCACCUCGCCGGGUCUAGAUUUUCCGGGACUCCAGUCAUAUUAAUUACGUAAGAUAUUUUCCCAAUAUUGUUUUACAUUAAAUAAAAAGGCUGUUAACAGAUUUCCCCUUCUCCUUGUGCAUUUCAUUCAAAGAAAAUACAUAUAUAUUUAACUAC